CCAUCAGAGAGCAAUAAGCUAGGUCACAUACCACCAGGUGUCAGACAAUAGCAGGGGUGACGUUUCGGGCUGGAGUGCAGACCUGUGACAAGUUAUAGAGGCUAGUAGCAGCAAUGCACAGUAGAGGCGAGUAGUAGCAGGUUGUCUUAGGGGUAUUGCGCCAAUCAUGGACUCCGCGUCUGCAGCUAAGCCCAGCGGCAUUCUACGUUCCGUGGAGAAACAUGCACAUCUCGUGCUGCAGCAGAUUAACAAGAUGAGGCAACAGCUGGAGUUCUGUGACCUCCACAUACACAUCAGACAGACAGUGUUCGGGGUGCAUAAGUUGGUUUUGGCUGCGAGCAGCCCGUACUUUGCAGCCCUGUUGUCCGGCUGGAUGAAGGAGUCCUCGGAAAACGUGGUGCACAUUCAGGACGUGGAGCCCGGCAUCUUCCAGCUACUGCUGGACUUUAUUUACUCAGGGUCAGUAAACAUCAGUACAGAGAACGUGCAGGAAUUGAUGACAGCGGCAGACAUGUUACAGCUCAAUCAUGUAGUGGAGUUGUGCUGUGAUUUCCUAAAGGAGCAGAUUGAGCCAGCGAACUGUAUCGGCUUCUUCCAAUUCUCUGAGCAGCUGACCUGCCAGCCCCUCCUGGAGUUCACAGAGAGCUACAUCCAUGGACAUUUCCCAGAGGUGCAGAUGGGUGACGAAUUCCCGACUCUGACCAAAGACCAGCUGAUCCGGAUCCUGCGCAGUGAAGAGCUGUGCAUUGAGGACGAGCAUCAGGUGUUCUCCGCUGCAAUGACGUGGCUCCAGAAAGACACCUCAACACGCAAGAGACAUGUAGUGGAGGUUCUGGAGCCUGUGCGCUUCUCCCUGCUUCCCCCACAGAGACUUCAGAAAAACAUUGAAGAAGUUACAGAUUUCAGCCUGCGGGUGGCGCUGCAGACUCUGCUGAGGGAAUACUGCGAGCCUAGCCUAUCGCCUAAAGACAAGAAACUCUGCAGCUUUCUGCAGACCUCACGUGUCCGGCCACGGAGAAAGGCUCGGAAAUUCCUCUAUGCAAUAGGGGGAUACACUCGCUUGCAGGGUGGGCGCUGGAGUGACAGCAGAGCUCUCAGCUGCGUGGAGAGGUUUGAUACAUUCAGCCAGUACUGGAGCACGGUGUCGUCUCUGCCUCAAGCUCGCAGCGGGAUGAGCGCAGCCGUGCUGGAGGGAAGGAUCUAUGUUGUUGGAGGUGAGAAGGACUCCAUGAUUUUUGACUGCGUAGAAUGCUACGACCCUGUGAGUAAGCAGUGGGCCGCAGUCCCUUCUAUGAACCAGCCACGCUGUGGUCUAGCGGUGUGCUCCUGUCAUGGCGUCAUCUAUGCUAUGGGUGGCUGGGUAGGGUCAGAGAUUGGAAAUGGCAUUGAGCGCUUUUCCCCGGAGGACAACACUUGGCAGAUGGUUGGGAAGAUGACUGUGCCGAGAUUUAACUUUGCUUGCUGCGAGAGACAAGGGCUGAUCUAUGUCGUUGGUGGAAUUGGUCAGGAGGGGCUAGAACUUGCUUCAGCAGAAGUGUUUGAUCCCAUUGCCAAGCGCUGGACUGCCCUUCCUUCUAUGGGCACCCGAAGGGCAUAUCUGGGUGUUGCCUAUUUAAAUGACUGUUUGUAUGCAGUGGGCGGCUGGAACGAGGAGCAGGACGCCCUGAACACUGUGGAAAGGUUUUCCUUUGAAGAGGAAAAAUGGCUGGAGGUGGCACCAAUGAAGAUUGCCCGAGCCGGCGUAUCUGUGGUCAGUGUGAAUGGGCUGCUGUACGCCGCAGGAGGAAGAGCCACAGCCCAGAAUUUUGUGGCUCCUGUGACUUCGGACUCUGUUGAAGUUUAUAAUCCCCACACAGAUUCAUGGACUGAAAUCGGCAGCAUGAUUACAAGUCGCUGUGAGGGCAGCCUGGCUGUUCUGUGACCGUGCGCGGUACUGAUUGCGUUACUUGGCGAUGGUAUAACCCGAAAAUGGCAGGCUGGCCUUGCCGUUAUAUAGCGUCAAACACUGCAUGGUGUGCCUGGCGUUAUAACCAGAUAGUGUCAGCAGCUGUUUGGGGUGCCUGGCGUUAUAACCAGGUAGUGAGCUGAGUGGGGUGCCUGGCGUUAUAACCAGAUAGUGUCAGCAGCUGUUUGGGGUGCCUGGCGUUAUAACCAGGUAGUGAGCUGAGUGGGGUGCCUGGCGUUAUAACCAGAUAGUGUCAGCAGCUGUUUGGGGUACCUGGCAUUAUAACCAGAUCGUGUCAACAGCUGCGUGGGGUACCUGCGUUAUAACCAGAUAGUGUCAGCAGCUGCGUGGGUUGCCUGGCAUUAUAACCAGAUAGUGUCAGUAGCUGCGUGGGGUGCCUGGCGUUAUAACCAGAUACUGUCAGAAGCUGCGUGGGGUGACUGCCAUUAUAACCAGAUAGUGUCAGCAGCUGCGUGGGGUGCCUGGCGUUAUAACCAGGUAGUGAGCUGAGUGGGGUGCCUGGCGUUAUAACCAGAUAGUGAGCUGCGUGGGGUACCUGUGUUAUAACCAGAUAGUGUCAGCAGCUGCGUGGGAUGCCUGGCGUUAUAACCAGAUAGUGACAGCAGCUGCGUGGGGUACCUGUGUUAUAACCAGAUAGUGUCAGCAGCUGCGUGGGGUGCCUGGCGUUAUAACCAGAUAGUGACAACAGCUGUUUAGUGGGCAUUGCAUUUUAAUAACCAGAUACUGGAGGUCGGCAAAGUCGGUACUUGGUUAUUGUAGCAGCUGGAUGGGGAACUUGGUGGCUGUAUAGGUAGGUGGUAGUGCCAGACACUAAGGAAUGAGAACAUCCGUUUCAGAAAGGGUAAUAAUUGUGCUGGUGGUUCGGAAGCCAGCGGCUUAUUCAUCGUAAUACUCUCAGUUAGUGUGAUGGUACAUUGCAGAGUAUAUACUAUUGCUGCAUCCAUAAAUACAAUCCCAAACCUAUAUAUACCACACAUGUGACUGCGGAGGCCUCACAUCUAGCUAUAAUGAGGGGUAAUGCUGCACUUGGUGACAAUAUGGUGUUUACUGGUUUGAGACUUGUACAAUAAAACACGGUUGUUUUGUUUUAA